UGAACUAGUGAUCGGCCAUAGCCAUUACCCACCCAUCAUCAUUCAUCAUGCUUUUCCUGUUUCUACUUCUUUUGGGUUUAUCCCCUGCUUCAAUCCAUACAAUUCCGACCACCCUCGACGGCCCUUUUCCGCCGGUCACCGUUCCUCUAGACGAUUCUUUCCGGGGAAACGCCGUCGACUUGCCGGACACCGAUACCCGUGUUCGAAGAAACGUUAACGGUUUCCAGCCUGAACAAAUAACUGUCUCUCUUUCUUCAACUUAUGAUUCUGUUUGGAUCUCAUGGGUUACUGGGGAUUUCCAAAUUGGCAACAAGAUCAAACCUUUAAAUCCUAAUUCUGUUAGAAGUGUUGUUCAUUUUGGAAGAACGAAAGGUGGUUUGGUUCAUGAAGCAACCAGUAGUGAUUCUGUAAUCUAUAACCAACUUUAUCCUUUUCAAGGUCUUCAAAAUUAUACAUCUGGGAUUAUACACCAUGUUCGUUUAACCGGUUUACGGGCUGAUACUGUAUAUCAUUAUCGAUGUGGAGAUCCUUCUAUAUCGGCUAUGAGUGAGGUUAAUCAUUUUAGAACAAUGCCGAUUUCAUCUCCAAGAAGCUAUCCUCGAAGAAUCGCUGUGGUUGGGGAUUUGGGUCUUACUUAUAAUACAACUUCCACGAUCAAUCAUUUGACAGAGAAUCAUCCUGAUCUUAUUCUUUUGGUUGGUGAUGUAACCUAUGCUAAUCUUUAUCUCACGAAUGGAACUGGAGCUGAUUGCUAUUCGUGUUCAUUUCCUGAUACUCCAAUUCAUGAGACUUAUCAGCCUCGUUGGGAUUAUUGGGGAAGGUUUAUGCAACCAUUAGUUUCGAAAGUUCCAUUAAUGGUGAUAGAAGGGAAUCACGAAUACGAACAACAAGCAGAGAAUUUAACAUUUGCAGCAUACAGUUCUCGAUUUGCAUUCCCAUCUCAAGAAAGUGGAUCGGGUUCAACCAUGUAUUAUUCAUUCGAUGCUGGCGGCAUACAUUUCAUAAUGCUCGGAGCUUACAUAGACUACAACAAAACCAGCGAUCAAUACAAGUGGUUGGAAAGAGAUCUCGCCGGAGUUGACAGGAAAGUAACCCCCUGGUUAGUAGCAACUUGGCACCCACCUUGGUAUAAUAGCUACAAAGCCCAUUAUAGAGAAGCAGAGUGCAUGAAAGUAGCCAUGGAGGACUUGCUAUACAGCUAUAGUGUAGAUUUAGUCUUUAACGGACAUGUACAUGCUUAUGAAAGAUCGAACAGGGUUUAUGACUAUAAGUUGGAUCCGUGUGGGCCUGUGUAUAUAACUAUCGGUGAUGGUGGGAAUAGGGAGAAGAUGUCAAUACCACAUGCUGAUGAUCCGGGUAAUUGCCCGGAUCCAUUGGAUACGGUUGAUUCGAUAAUGGGUGGUUUGUGUUCUAGUAAUUUCACAACUGGUCCUGCCGCUGGCAUGUUUUGUUGGGACCGGCAGCCCGAGUUUAGUGCUUAUAGAGAAACCAGCUUUGGCCAUGGAAUUCUUGAGGUGAAGAAUGAGACACAUGCUCUAUGGACAUGGCACAGGAAUCAGGACAUGUACAAUGUGGCUGGAGAUCAGAUUUACAUAGUUAGGGAGCCUGAAAGAUGUCCAAUUGGUGGCAAGUUAGUUAGCCAUUUCAAUCGACUUGUGAGAUCUCAUUAAUUGUAUAAAUUUUUGUAUUCACAUUGAUUGAACAAUGCAUGUCGGUGGAAUAUUAUG